GCAGUGCUGGAGCCGUCCCCGCCGCUGUCCUGCCGGGCAGUCUGUCCUGAGCGCGCCGGGCUCUCCCCGCAGGCACCCAGGCCCGCUACUUCUGGCAGCAUGAUGAGCCCCAGGCGCCCCUGGACCGCCUCAAGGACAUGGUGGAAGUGUACCUGGAGACGGUGAAGGCCAGCGGCAAGGAUGCCAUCGCCCAGUUCGAGUCCUCCGCUGUGGGCAAACAGCUUGACCUGAAACUGGCCGACAACCUGGACACGCUGGGCGCAGCCGCCGCCAAGCUGCGGGAGGACAUGGCCCCCUACUACAAAGAGGUGCGGGAGAUGUGGCUGAAGGACACGGAAGCCCUGCGCCAGGAGCUGACCAAGGACCUGGAGGAGGUGAAACAGAAGAUCCGGCCCUUCCUGGACCAGUUCUCUGCCAAGUGGACGGAGGAGCUGGAGCAGUACCGCCAGCGCCUGGCUCCUGUGGCCCAGGAGCUGAAGGAGCUCACCAAGCAGAAGGUGGAGCUGAUGCAGGAGAGGCUGACCCCGGUGGCUGAGGAGGCGCGGGACCGCCUGCGCGGGCACGUGGAGGAGCUGCGCAAGAACCUGGCGCCCUACAGCGACGAGCUGCGGCAGAAGCUGAGCCAGAAGCUGGAGGAGAUCCGGGAGAAGGGCAUCCCCCAGGCCGCCGAGUACCAGGCCAAAGUGGUGGAGCAGCUCAGCAACCUGCGCGAGAAGGUGACGCCCCUGGUGCAGGACUUCAAGGAGCGCCUCACCCCCUACGCCGAGAACCUCAAGGCCCGCUUCAUCACCCUCCUGGACGACCUCCAGAAGAGCGUCGGCGGCAAGGGCAGGGUCAGCCUCAUCCCGAGAAACCUGCAGAGCAAGCAGCGAGGGCUCCCUUAUCGCUGGGAAAACAAGGGCUGA